ACGGAGUCUGUGUUUAGAUGUCCGACACUUUGAAUGAGUGAUCAUAUAAUCAAUUGAUUUGGUCUUCAAAUUGAUUGUCACCUCAUUUUGAAAGCCAUUUGCCAUCAGUUGUGUUGUCAAUGAUGUCAUGUCAAGCGCUUCCCGACGGCUGGACUCGCGAAGAGAUCUGCCGACGGAAUGGUCUGUCGGCCGGAAAGAUAGACAUCUUUUACUACAGUCCAUCGGGUCGUAAGUUCCGGACAAAGCCACAGAUGUCCCGCUAUUUGGGCGAUUCGGUCGACUUGACUACUUUCGACUACAGGACGGGGAAAAUCAAUUCAUCGCUUAUGAGGAAAAACAAGCGCUCGAAAGGAGCCAUGGCUUACGACUACACGAAGAACAUGAGGAAUGACUCGUCACUUAUGCCACCCAUUCGUCAGACGGCGUCGAUCUUCAAACAGCCGGUGACUGUCAUUAAGUCCCAACCGGACAGUCGUGUGAAGCAAGAGCUCAAACACGGCUCGCAAACCGAACGACCGAAACAACUGUUUUGGGAGAAACGACUCGAACGGAUGGACGCCUCGAAUGUGGAACUCGAAGAGCUCGAGAACUUUGAUCUUCCCGUGAAUAUGAAACCCGUCGGACCGCAUAUGAGUAAAGACACUCUCCUCAGG